AUGGCGACGAUUACACAGACACUCAUCGAUAGAGAUGAGGUCCAUGAGAUCUCUUUCAAGACGAAGGAGAUCAAAUUUCAUGAUUUACCUACUCCUCAGGAGUAUGAUAUCCCUCUCCCUCCUCCAUCAGUGAACCCGACCGAAAUCCUAGAAGUGGAUAAAGGAACACCCGACAGCCAUGUUCCUCGAGAUCCAAGACUUAUUCGAUUGACUGGUGUUCAUCCGUUUAAUGUUGAGCCACCCCUCACGGCAUUAUAUAAAGAAGGCUUCCUCACAUCACCCGAACUAUUCUAUGUUCGAAAUCACGGUCCUGUACCACAAGUUCGAGAUGAGGAUAUCCCUGACUGGGAGCUCAGCAUAGAGGGAUUAGUGGAAAACCCUAUAACGCUGAGCUUCCGGGAAAUUCUUGAAAAAUAUGAUCAAAUAACUGCACCCAUCACCCUGGUAUGUGCUGGAAACAGACGAAAAGAACAGAACACAGUGAGAAAAUCCAAAGGGUUCUCAUGGGGGCCGGCCGGACUCUCGACGGCACUAUGGACAGGACCUAUGAUGGCCGAUAUCCUGCGUAGUGCGAAACCACUUCGAAAGGCCAAAUAUGUCUGCAUGGAGGGAGCUGAUAAAUUGCCAAAUGGUUAUUAUGGCACAUCCGUUAAAUUGAACUGGGCUAUGGAUUUCAACAGAGGAAUCAUGCUAGCACACAAGAUGAAUGGCGAAGACUUGCGCCCGGACCAUGGAAGACCCUUGAGAGCUGUUGUGCCGGGCCAAAUUGGAGGUCGAAGUGUCAAGUGGCUUAAGAGACUCAUUGUCACUGAGGCACCGAGUGAUAACUGGUACCAUAUUAAUGAUAACCGGGUGUUACCGACUAUGAUUUCGCCAGAGAUGUCGGCUACCAGUACCGAGUGGUGGACCGAUGAGCGCUAUGCCAUUUAUGAUCUCAAUGUCAACUCUGUAGCAGCCUUCCCUGAGCAUGAAGAAGUAUUGGAUCUAGCAACGGCUGGACCGACAUAUAUGGUGAAGGGAUACGCUUAUGCAGGAGGUGGUCGAAGAAUCACAAGAGUUGAAACCUCUCUUGACAAAGGCAAAUCAUGGCGACUUGCCGAAAUCGAUUACGCAGAAGACAAGUACAGAGACUUUGAGGGAGAUCUUUUUGGCGGAAAGGUGGACAUGUGGAAAAGAGAAAGCUGUUUCUGCUGGUCAUUCUGGUCUCUUAAGAUCCCAGUAUCCGACCUUAAGAACAGCGAAGCACUGCUCGUCAGGGCCAUGGACGAUGGCAUGAUGGUGCAACCCCGUGAUAUGUACUGGUCCGUCCUGGGUAUGAUGAACAACCCCUGGUUCCGGAUCACAAUCACAAAGGAGGGAAAUACACUCAAGUUUGAGCACCCAACUCAUCCUUCAAGGGCCGGAGGCUGGAUGGAAAAGGCCAAGAAAGCCGGUGGUGAUUUGACUAAUGGAAACUGGGGUGAGAAGAUCGAGGGAGAAGCUCCCAUUGAGCCGGAGCCCGUAAAGGAAAUCAAUAUGAAGAAGGAGGGCUUGGCUCGUAUGAUUGAUUUGCAAGAGCUCAAGUCAAAUAGCAGUGCUGAGAAGCCUUGGUUCGUCGUCAAUGGGGAGGUAUAUGAUGGUACCGGAUUCCUCGAGGGUCACCCCGGUGGAGCAAUCAGUAUCACUUCCUCGGCUGGGUUAGAUGUUUCGGAAGAUUUUCUCGCAAUUCACAGUGAAACGGCCAAGGCGAUGAUGCCCGAUUAUCACAUCGGCACAUUAGACAAAGCUUCUCUCGAAGCCCUCAACAGCGACUCGACCGCCGUCUCAAUCGACCCACGUCCGAUCUUCCUCCAAUCACGCUCGUGGGCAAAGAUGAAGCUGUCCGAAGUGAAGACAGUAUCCUGGGACACCAGAGUCUUCGUCUUCGACCUAGAACACGACAAACAAACUCUAGGUCUACCAAUUGGCCAGCACCUCAUGAUCAAAGUCCCAGAUCCAACAAACAAAGAAGCAAUAAUCCGAUCUUAUACCCCAAUCUCCGAGACAAACAUGGAAGGAAAAAUGGAGCUACUAGUCAAGAUCUAUUUCCCAGCCGACAAAGUUCCAGGCGGAAAAAUGACCAUGGCGCUCGAUGCACUGGCCAUUGGAGCAGAGAUAGACUGCAAAGGACCAACAGGUCGAUUUGAGUAUCUUGGGAACGGCCGCGUUACUAUCAGCGGUAAAGAGCGCAAGGUCCGCUCAUUCAAGAUGAUCUGCGGUGGAACUGGUCUCACGCCUAUCUUCCAGGUUCUGCGUGCUGUCAUGCAGGAUCCUCAAGAUCCUACUACCUGUGUUGUGCUCGAUGGCAACAGGCUGGAAGAAGAUAUUCUUUGUCGGUCUGAGCUUGACGCUUAUGUGGCGCUUGACAGUCAUAAAUGUCAUGUUGUGCAUACUUUGUCGCAGGCUUCAGACAAGUGGGUUGGUCGUCGAGGACGUAUUUCUGAAGACUUGAUCAAGGAAUUUGUGGCACCUGAAGAAGAAAGUAUGGUGAUCAUUUGCGGACCUGAGGCAAUGGAAAAGUCUGCUCGAAAGAUUCUCCUUGAUCAGGGCUGGGCAGAGUCGGAUCUUCAUUUCUUCUGA